GCAUCCCAGACUCAAACCUGGACCCACUGCUUAGGUUGUUCUAUAAGUAGUUCCAAAGUCCAGUUCUCCUCAGAUCCCUGCUAGGACCACCUCAGCAAGCUCCUCAGAUCUCCUCCUCCGCUCUGGUUCUGCUUGGAGCUCCAGAACCAGGCGGUUUGAAUGAUCUGAGAUGCCGGUACGGAUCCCGGACGACUCAGACUUCUCCUCUUUUAAGGACCAGUGUCUGAGUCCAGAUGGAUGGAACAGCCGGUACAACAAGGGAGGAGUGACAGUUUGGUGUCGGGAGGAGGACCGCAGCUCGGUCCAGAAGAUCAAGAUGAGGAUUGUGUGCAAAGACGUGACGGCAGAGACGCUGUACGACGUCCUCCAUGACACAAGCUACCGUAAAAAGUGGGACACCAACAUGAUCGACACAUACGACAUUGGAAGACUCACGGUCAACACAGAUGUGGGAUAUUACUCCUGGAAAUGCCCGACUCCUUUGAAGAACAGAGAUUUUGUGACGAUGAGGUCUUGGCUUCCUCUUGGCAGCGACUACAUGAUCAUCAACUACUCCGUCAAACAUUCGCAACAUCCUCCUAAGAAAGACUACGUCCGAGCCGUGUCUCUGCUGACGGGCUACCUGAUCCAAUCCAAUAGUGCCACCAGCUCCACCCUCUACUAUCUCACUCAGGUGGACCCUCGAGGCUCUUUACCAAAAUGGGUCGUUAACAGAGUUUCUCAGUUCGUGGCGCCGAAGGCCAUGAGGAAAAUCUACAAGGCGUCCCUGAAGUACCCGGACUGGAAGCGGAAACACAACCCUACCCUGAAGCCGUGGAUGUAUCCGGAGCAAAACACGCUGCCCUCCAUCAGCCCGGCUGAUCUAACGCUGCAGCGAGCCGACUCUUUGGAGAACAUAGAUGAGAGUGGCGUAAGCGAAGAAAAGGCUCAGAACAGCGAGGACGAGGAGACCUAGACUUUCCUCAGACUCUAACCAGGACUGACCUCUUACUUGCUGGAAAUGUUUCCCACCGACAGUGAAUGGCUCACAAUCCUUCAAUUUCUGUCACUGUAAUCCUCCUGGACUUCAUAUUGACCCUGAGAUCCUGUGUCCACACAAUGACCUCUGACUGUCUAAAACCUGUUCUCAGCCUAACCAAAGGCUGUGCAGGCCGUUCUAACAUUGUCUCAACCCUUUUCAGAGACUUUCCUUAUAUUGUUCACAAAUGGCUUUCUUGAAAUUGUCAAAUGAAGGACCUCUGACUACCCAAAUGCUCUUCACA